AUGGGUUCCGGACUGUUCGCUUUCGUUCUGUUGUCAGUUGUUUUGACCGUUAGUUGUAGGAGUUUGGAGGGCGCCGAGAACGCGACGACGUCCUUGAUGGACGUCGCCGAAGGACUGUUCAGGACGGGGCGAGCGCGGUCCAAUUUAGUUUACGCCAAUUUUGUAUCUUGCGCGAUCCGAUACGACGCUUCCUGUCUCGUGGACGCUGCUGGGGAGUACUUUGAGGGGCGAAAAAACGAGCUUUUGGCUCAAGCCGAUUCUGAAUUCCUGAAAUCAAGAGGUCGGGCGGAUCCAGACGCCACUCCAUCACACGUCGCCAAAUCGAUAGAAAAACUGUUGUCAGAGCUAUCCGGUCUGUUCAGGGACAGUCUACUCAACUUUUUUGGUGCCAGAGAAAGCGAAGAAGAUGACGAAGUGGUGGACUCCGAUGGUCAGGAUAAUGGUACGAGCAGAGCGGCCAAAGAAGAAUACAGGGCACACAAGAAGAAGAAGAAGAUGAAGGAAAUCCUCAAAUAUUCCGCAAUCGCAGCCGCCGUAGUGGCUAAAGUAAAUUUCCUUUUCAAAUUGUUUCACGCUUCCUUGCAACUCAAACUGUUCCUGGUAAGCCUCGGCGGUCUGAUUUUGCACCUGGUCAAGUUCUGGCUCGACGUUAAGAGGGGUUACAACCCCCCUAAGGUCGUUCAUUACGAACCGGUGCACCAUUCGCAUUACGAUGGGGAUGACGGUGGUUACUGGGCCAGGCAAUACGAAGAGGAAGACGAUUAUGGCGCUCACAGUUUGGCUUAUUCCAAACGGAAGCCCGGUUUAGUUAAAAAUAACGAGUUUCUUUAUAAUAGUAUCAAAUAA